UUUGAGUCCCUGCACACAUUCACCCCGGGCUUAUUUCAUAAAAAGCAAGAAUCUUAAAGGAGGCAUCACAGGAGGAGCCGUGACAGCGGAAGGGACCAGUUAACUCACAGCCCAGAUUCCAUUGGAGUGCCUCCCACUUGAGAGAGUGGCCCCACAACAAGUUUGUUGUCCUUGGAAUUCAAAGGCACAUACCUUUAAAAAUCCACUUAAAGGACAACGAGGAGAACUCUUGAAGACCAAGUCCGAAGGCAGAAAAACAAAACAAUGUCUCAGGUUCUAACAAAUCAUGUGUUACAGGUUGGACAGACAAUAUGUGUGACAUCACGGGAAGAAAGCCAAUGCAUACACCCAGCUGGGUGCCCCUGCUGCCCUACCAGAUCUGCAAAAUGCUCCUAUUAUUCAACAGAGGGCUGGGUUGGCCAACCCACAAUGACCCAAACCACAACACAUCUGCACCCAAAUGGGGGACUCCAUGGUACUAACUCUAAUGCAGUGUUUAAACACAUGACCUCUCAAGGGCACGAGCAUCAGGUCAUCUUUAUGGAAAGACCCAGUCUUGCCCAUCAGUCAAAAGGAGAUGAUGAAACUGAUGCAAAUCCUGAAGCCAGUCCAGUAUCUCCUACCUUGGAUGUGUCAAUAGAAAGCCUGAACCAAUUGAUCUUAGAGAUUGAUCCUACCUUUCAGCCACUUGCAUUCCAGUCAGUCAAUGGCAAGAAGGAUGCUGUCAAAGCCAGUGCUCUCAGCAACAAGUCUGUUACCAAGCAACAAGAAUCAGAAACAUUAGACAUAAAGUACAUCGAAAUGACCCCCACCAGAGCCAAGUGUCACGAAUCAGUGCAGGGUUCAGGGAGCCCCUCCAUGACUCCGCUCUCCAGGUCUCCUCAAGGCCAUUGCCUCCUGCUCCAAAGGACAACCCAGCCCAACUGCAGCACAAAUGGCAGUGUUGUCUUCUCAAGUCCUUCUGCAUCUGACAGUGCCCAGGCAGUUCUCCAAAACAACUCUUCCCUAGGGAGUUACUCCAAGACCAGCAACAAAGCAUCAGAAUGCAUCUCCAUCCCACAGCGAGGUCAGAGGGACUGCAUCUCCUACGGGUCAACUUCUCUGCUGUCCACAUCUCCAGGCUUUGAGAAUUUGCUGAAGCCUUUACAUGCUGGGAGGGGUCAGCAGAGAACCAGUGCAGUGUCUCAGCUCUCCACUAGCCCAGGUUCGGAUACCAGUUACAUGCUUGGAAGCAGCACUCCUUCACUUCUUAACGAUGACUCCGAAACUCACUUCUCAACUGAUAGCUCCUGGUCUGUGGGAUCCCUCAGCAGCCCAUACUCAGCCUCCCCUACUGUCAAAGUGGAUCAUUUAGGAGAAGGCUUCAGUCCAGGUUCCUACCAACCCAAUGGAAACCAAUCACAAACAGUGAAUGCCACUCCUUCCACCCUGCUCCAGAAAGGGCAGGCCAGCAGUUGUCCCCCAUCAAUCGUUAAUUCCAUGGCAGAUAUCCCCAUACUACUGGUAAAUGGGUGUCUGGAGCAUAGCAAGUCUUCUCCCAGGUUGACCAAAGGCCAUCAUGGUUCCACCAAGAAAGCCGUUCCACCCAAUUCCAGCCCAACCUCAGGGCUCAGCAGUUUGAUUAACACCUCUUCUGACUCUUCUCUCGCCUCCUCCAUGGACAGUUUCUCCAAAGAUGGCCAGCCCACCAUGAAGUUUGUGAUGGACACAUCAAAAUACUGGUUCAAGCCAAGCAUCACCAGGGAGCAAGCAAUUGAGCUGCUGAAGGACAAGGAGCCUGGCACUUUUAUUAUGCGUGACAGCACAUCAUACCGUGGGUCGUUUGGACUGGCAAUGAAGGUUCUUGUAUCACCAUCCAGCAGUAGGACAGGUGAUGAUAACUGCGACCUUGUCCGGCACUUCCUCAUUGAGUCAUCUGCCAAGGGAGUGCACCUUAAAGGGGCAAGCGAGGAGCCGUAUUUUGGGAGCCUGUCAGCUUUUGUGUAUCAGCAUGCCAUCAUGCCGCUCUCCUUGCCCAGCAAGCUGAUCAUACCUUCACGAGAUCUUGCUGAUGGAGACAGCAGCCCUGAUACCACUCCAGAAUCUGUACUUGCUGCACUGAAGAAAGCUGCUGUGUGCAACGUCUUGUACCUCAACUCUGUGAGCAUGGAAACACUCACUGGUGCUCCAGCUAUUCAGAAAGCCAUCACCUAUACCCUGGAACUGGAGACACCCCCUAUGCCCACCAUUGUGCACUUCAAAGCAACAGAGCAAGGAAUAACCCUGACAGAUGUCCAGAGGAAGGUAUUCUUCAGGCGACACUACCCACUUGCUAUCAUCAGCUUCUGCAGCAUGGACCUUGACAACAGAAAGUGGCAAAAAUACUGCAAAUCUUCAAGGAUCUUUGGUUUUGUAGCCAAAAGCCAGACAGAUUCUGAGAAUGUCUGUCACCUGUUUGCAGAGUACGACACAGUUCAGCCAGCUUCUCUUGUCAUUGACUUUGUCAGCAAACUCCUACCAGAGUCAUAGAAGAUAGAGACCUUUGUAUAACCCAAAGCUGGCAGCCAUCUAGAGAUACCACUGAGCUGGUUCCUAACAUUUUAUUGCUACCUGGUUGCAUUCUGGCAAUAGUUCUUAUUUAUAUUGUUUUGUUACGUACUUUGAUAUCAAGAGUUUCUGCUAAAGGUUUUACACCCACUGCUCAAUUCCUGGAAGCCUCUGAUGGAAAUAGAUCUCAUUUCAGGAUCUUUGAUGAGGAAUCACAUGGGAACUUCUUUUAUAUGGCAAAUGGACCUGGUAUACAUAACGCAGCAAGCAAGAUGCCAGGCCUAGCCUGGGAUGGGUAAAUGUUACAGGAGUUGGACUUGCCAUGCAGAAUUGUUUGCUCACUAACCUGGGAUGCGUCAUUUUGCUUUCUUAAUAACAUGUCAUAUACUGUGGCUAAGACUUUUAACAGCAACUAUAAGUGCUUCGAUUUUGGGAUGUUCAACUAGGGACAUUUCAAAGAGAUUAGAGCAGCUAUCUUCCAAAAAUCAGGCUUUAUGCUUCCUUAUCUUGCAGAUGUUUUAUGAGACAAAUACAUUGAAGGCCCUCAGGAUCUUGGAUAUUAUAGAGAUGGGGAGAAUAAGAGUGGGUACGCUGAACACAGAGGCACCUGAAGUCACUACCCCCUUUGGGAACACCUUGGUCCCGUGAUGGCUCUUUUAGUGCAUUAAGAAAGAAAAGUUAAGCAAGCAGGUUUUUGCCAAAGCUGGUCAAUUUUUAUGCCAUUUUCACAAAGAUGGAUUACACUUAAUUAAAUUUAUAAAGGUUGUGAUGAGCUUGAGAAAUAAUUGUUGAUAUUUUCAUGACUAUAACACACACAGUCUUUGGAAGGAACUUGCAUAAGUCUGGGCUGCCUUGAAUGACGUAAAUUGGCGUAGUUCCAUGAAAAUCAGUUGUACUCUGCUUUAUAUUAGCUGAGGAUUUGGGUCUUGCUAUACUAUUAAAGUAGAAGAAGUCUGUUCUCAAAACACAGUUUUUUUCCACCCUUUUUGAAAACUCCCGUCAUACCAAUAUACUGAUCCUAUUCGCAGCUCAUUUGCCCAGGGUAUUAACAAGUCUUAUAAAAUGGUAUUUUAAGGUUAGAGUGGUGGAUCCAUAGGGGACUGAUAGGGGGCACAUGCCCCACCCCCAGCAAGGCCGUCCCCACUGCCAGUGCUUGCCAGCCCCGUCCCUGCUGCUGACGCAGACGGUGGCUUCUGCAGGUGCUCGCCAGCCCCGUUCCUGCCGCUACUGCCACCACCGGCUUCUGCAGGUGCCCCCCGCAGACUCAAGAGGUACCAGUCGUCCAUGGGUGAAUCACUUAAUUCAUCACAAAAACUAUAGCAAGGCCAUUAACAACUCAACUAUGUUACUAUGUGUAGUAGUGUAGUAUAAACUACCCACUACAUCGGGGGGGGUGUACAUCUAAAAAAAGUAUCCUAGGAAGAACAAAAUAAAUGUUUAAA